CUGCUGCGGCGGGAGCGGGAGCGGGAGACCUAGAAGGGGCGUUGCGCGCGGACGAAGGGCGCCGAGGCCGGGUAGGGCGACCUGCUGAGUGGCCUCCAGCCCUGGGCGCCCCCCACCCCGCGCGUCUCCCCGCUGUGCGAGGCCCCCGCCCCGGCUCCGCCCCGCCCCUCGCGCGGGGUCCGCGUCUGCGGCUGCGUUCCCCGAAAGACGAAGCUGCGCCCCGGUUCCGGUCCGCAGGGAGACCGAAGGGCAUCGCUCCCCGCGCCGUGCCCGCCGCUGAGCCCGGAGUGCGGACACCCCAGGGAUGUGAGUGCGCCCCCCACCCCGAGGCCCGCACUCCACGCCCCGAUUCGCGGCCUGCGCCCCAGAGGACCCCCGCCUGCAGCCCCCGCGCCUCUUUCAGGCCCUAUCGGAGCAUGCUGCCUGCAGCCAUGAAGAGCCUCGGUCUGGCGCUGCUGGCCUUGCUUCUCUGCCCCUCGCCGGCCCAUGGCCUGUGGUGCCAGGACUGCACCCUGGCCAAUUCCAGCCAUUGCGCUCCGAAGCAGUGCCAGCCCACCGAUACCGUUUGUGCCAGCGUGCGGAUCACCGACCCCAGCAGCAGCAGGAAGGAUCAUUCUGUGAACAAGAUGUGUGCUUCCUCCUGCGACUUCGUUAAGCGGCACUUUUUCUCAGACUAUCUGAUGGGGUUCAUUAACUCUGGGAUCUUAAAAGUCGACGUGGACUGCUGCGAGAAAGAUUUGUGCAACGGGGCAUCGGUCGCGGGACGCAGCCCCUGGGCCCUGGCUGGGGGGCUCCUGCUCAGCCUGGGGCCUGCUCUCCUCUGGGCUGGGCCCUAAGACCCCUCCCUCCCUCCUGCUGGGCUUUGGAGCUUGUCCCCUAAGCCUGUUGCUGCCCCUCCCCAGCCUGGCCUGGCUGGGGCUGGGACAGCAAGGGUUUGGCAUCAAGGUCUGAGGCUCUCAACCUCCCUAGAUGUGAGUGAGCCUUCUCCGUUUCUCCACCAGCUCCAUAUCCCAAGCAGCUGAAUAUCUCCAGGAGUCCAGACAUCCUGGCAGGAAGCUGGGGUAGGGGGGAGGGGGAGGGCAAGGGACUGAGACCCUCCAGGUCUCCAAGGGGAGGGAGGUCAAGCCAGGGACAGCCCAACAGCCUGGCCUGAGGGGGCAUUAACUACAGAGAAAUAAAGUCACUUCUGAGUCUUGUG